AUGAAGGUUUCUGCCUCCCGACGUGAGCGCUGCCGGAUCAACCAGGCCAGAUACAGAAAGAGGCAGCGGCAGCACGCCGACAAUCUGGACGAGAGUAUCCGCACACUCCAGGAGGGGAUUCAAGAGCUGGAAACUCAGCGUCACAACAUUUUACGCUGUGCUCCCACGAACGAGAGUGUUUGGAUCGUGGCGACAGAGUACUUUAGACUGUUCCGUUACGGAUACAUGGCGCCGCAAAUGACUCCAGCGUCCACUACCUCUCCGACCGCCGCUACUAGCCUGACACCCCGUACACAACGCGAGUCACACGCACAGCUCGAUUUCCUGAAAGCUACGAUGGCUCCCGAUGUGACGGACGGCAAUGUAUACGGCGCAGAGGCGAUUCUCGAAAACUGGAGGCUGAUGUCGCUUAAUGGAGUGGAUUUGCACUUCCACCCCAAGCGUCUGGAGCAACUCGCUACAGGUUCUCUUCUUGCUACAACCAAAACAACCGUCACUAUAACUGAGAGCUCACUGCGUCAACUGUUUCCGCACCUGGUCUUAGACCAAGACAUGAAGGAAGAUGAACCGCGUAGGCCUUCCUCCCUGGGUGCCAGACUAUUAAACCAGCGACUGAGCUUGUGUGGAGCUGUACACUUUGACUGGGACUCCUCAAUCGGUCGUGUGGCUCGACUCGAGUCCACAGUGGACCUCAUGACCCCGAUGUUGGAAUUAUUGGGCAGUCUCGAGGACGUUGCUCGUGUGUUUGACAAGGCUUUACUGACGCUCGAUGGAAGAUUUCUAGCAAAUAAGGGCCUCGAUUCGGUGCCAGCUAGCAAUUAA